GCAUGCUGAAAUUAAAACCUGAAAAAAGCCCGGCAAACACUGUUUGUUCACUGUCUAUAAAUAUAUCCCUCUUCUUCCUUCUUCUCUCCUUAGUAUUAUUAUGAACCUUCCCACAUUUCUCUAUUUUCUAGUAUUUGGCACAUAGUGCAUUGUUUGGGCCAUUAUUAAUCAACCAAGGAAAAACACCACCUUUUGGCUUCUUCUGCUGUUCCAACUGUGCAUUUUGUGUGCUGUUUCUUUCACAAACAAGCAGCAACAGCAGCCAGAAUGAGAAUGGGGAACCUCUUCUGGCUUGGCAUUGUUGCAGCACUUGUUUUCAGCUUCUGGGUUGAUUCCUUUUCUGCCUAUGAAUAUCACCACUUCAAUGAAACCGAGUUCUCUUUGUUGGAGUCUCAAGAACAGGUACAUUCAUCCCUCCUUGGGAGAACUUCUCUCAUGGUUGGACUCACAGUUAUUCAAAGUGCUGCUGGCAAAGGAGCAGUUUGCUUGGAUGGAACAUUGCCUGCUUAUCAUUUGCAUCGGGGAUAUGGAUCAGGAGCAAACAGCUGGAUCGUUAAUUUAGAGGGAGGUGGGUGGUGUAAUGACGUUAGAUCAUGUGUUUAUCGCAAGAAAACACGGCGUGGGUCAUCAACAUUCAUGGAAAAACAGAUACCUUUUACUGGAAUAUUAAGCAAUAAUGUUGAAGAUAAUCCAGAUUUUUUCAACUGGAACAGAGUGAAAAUUCGUUAUUGUGACGGUGCCUCUUUUGCUGGGGAUGGUGAAGAUAAGGCUGCGCAACUGCAAUUUAGAGGACAGCGUAUUUGGUCGGCAGCAAUCGAAGAUUUGAUGUCAAAGGGAAUGCGAUUUGCCAGGCAGGCUCUUCUUUCUGGAUGCUCGGCUGGUGGUUUGGCUACUAUUAUACACUGUGAUGAAUUCAGAGGUUUUUUCCCACAGACUACGAAAGUGAAGUGUCUUAGUGAUGCAGGAUUAUUUCUUGAUGCGAUUGAUGUCUCCAGGGGACAUACCAUCAGGAAUUUUUUCAGUGGUGUCGUAAGGCUACAGGGAGUGCAAAAGAAUCUGCCACACAUUUGUACUAGUCACCUUGAUCCCACUUCGUGCUUCUUCCCUCAGAAUUUGAUUGCUGGUAUUAGAACCCCGCUAUUCAUUCUUAAUACUGCCUAUGACUCAUGGCAGGUCCAAUCAAGCUUAGCUCCUUCAUCAGCAGAUCCCCAUGGCUUUUGGCAUGAUUGCAGAUUAAAUCAUGCUAAAUGUACUUCUUCACAAAUCCAAUAUUUGCAAGGAUUCAGGAAUCAAAUGCUGAAUGCUAUUAAAGGCUUCUCAAGAUCACGUCAGAAUGGAUUGUUCAUAAAUUCAUGUUUUGCUCACUGCCAAUCUGAGAGGCAGGAUACAUGGUUUGCUGACAACUCUCCUGUCAUUGGGAACAAGGCAAUUGCUCUUUCUGUUGGAGACUGGUAUUUCGACCGAGCAGUUGUUAAGGCCAUUGAUUGUCCUUACCCUUGUGAUAAUACAUGCCACCAUCUUGUCUUCAGAUGAGCCAAAUCUCGUCAAUCUCCACCAUUUCCCUCAUCUCAUUCAUUUGGAUCUAUUAUUACUUGCGAUUAGGAAAUAUGCUAUUCAAUUGGGAGGAAUGCUAGUAAUACAUUUUUUUGACACAUUUUUCUUAACACAUUUUAUUAUUAGGUGAAAUUCAUGCAAAAGACUUACUAAAUUAUGCAGGUCUCAUUCCAUCUUUGGUGGGACUAGUAUGAAAUUCACCAAAUGACAGUGUGUCAAGAAGAAAACGUUAAAAAGUGUGAGCAUUUUCUCGUUUAGUUUAUGAUCAGACAAUAAAUGGUUGUUUGAAGUGCAAAAUUAAUAAGCCUUUUCCAUUAUUUAGUAAAUUGGUGGGAGUGAUUUUCAUGUAUAGAUUACUUAGUUGGGAAAGCUGAGGCAAAUGCCUUUGGUUUUUUGCAAAGAUUGGGAGAGGUAAAAGACUAUUAGAAUAUACACACUGUAAUGGAGUAAGCAUUGGCAGUAUUUGGAUGAGAUAAUCUCAAUCUCCUUCCUUUUCAUUUUGGAAUGAAAAAUAGAUUAUUUAAUUAUCAAUGGUUCUUAUAUACA